AUGUCCGACAAUCCGGGCGCCACCAACGCGGCCGCCACUGCCGACGAACCGGUCUGCACCGAAACCACGCCGCAGCCGCCACUGCCGGUACAGCACCAGCAGCAGCUCGACGAAGGUUCCCGAUCUUCACCGGCCAGACAGCACCAGAACGGUGGUUCGCCUGCUACCAUGGCCGCGGUCGUCCCGUCGCCGGACACGCCGCGCAAGAGAGGUACGAAUCACCCGACGGGCGAGUUAUUAUAA